UGAUUGCUCACUUACGACGGGGAUUGCGUAGUAACCAACACAGUUGCUGCAAAGUGCAUUGAAGCGAUCGAACAGCCGUUUGACUCAAAUUUUACGUAAAUGUCUCUAUUCAGUUCAUGAACUUGUUGAUUUUUUUUGUCGCUCGAGCCACUUCGUCAAAGCGUCGGUGACUCACGGUGCACCACUUUCAACUGAACGAAAUGCAGCUGCCAGUGGUCAAUGUGGGACAAGGUCAUGGUGGGCUCAAGGUUACGGCGGAGAUGGAGAUCAUCCUCAACCAGCCAGGUUAUAUCAGCAUUAAAAUGGGUAGCGAGAAACUGAGGUCUAUGUUUCAGACACAGUUCGGCGAAUUGGAUAUUAAUAAACUUUCACCAUUCGCAUUUGCAUGCAUGACCGGGUCGAUUCAAGCCGUGAAAGCUUCGGUCAGCGGAGGGGUUGCUCCUGACCUAACAGGAACUGAAACGCCCUUCAAAAUUGGGUUUCUUUCAUUUACUGUUCUCGGCGCACAGCGAAUCAGAGGAGCCCCCCUGGAUUCUCUCAAGCAUCUUGAUGUCAUCAACUAUCUCCUUCAGUGUGGUGCACCACCGGACUCGCCCGAUAUAUCCGGCCACACAGCCCUCCACCAUGCCUGUACUCCUCCGCUUGGACAUUUUGAACUCGCCAGGGCACUUCUCAAAGGUGGAGCUAACCCGGAUGUUCAAAACCGUUAUGGCGAAGUGCCUCUCUUCUUCCCAUUCCAGGGAGAAGAUAUUCCGAUCCUGGAUUUGCUGAUGGAGCACAACGCUGAUCUGGACAUUAAAGACGGAAAUGGCGAUUCGCCCCGUGCGUUAUGUGUGGUGUUUGGUCCCCAGGUCACUGCGGCGGUUCGCCGAUGGGAAAGGAAACGAUCAGGGGAGAAAGCACUAUGGGAAGAGAAGGCAUGUGAGUACUGCAAGAAAAAAGGGAGAGGCCUGAAGCUGUGUGCACGAUGCCAUACAGUCCGUUAUUGUUCGUCUGACUGCCAACGUACGCAUUGGAAAACCCACAAACCGUUAUGCCAGCCAUUCUCCACAUCAACCACGGUCACGCUGAAGCCAACCUAUAACAACUUCUCAUCUACCUUUUCUCGUGCUGAUUUGACUCGCGAAGUCCUGGGCCUCUCGAGUCCCAAGUCCAAACCGCCCAAGAACGCUCCGUUUACCCCAACGUCCUUUGAUCAGAAGUCCAUGAUCGUCAAGGUGCAAGUGCCCGUUGAUCCAUUCUCUCCGACUGUGACAUCGAUGGGAUUCGGCGGCUUGCUAAUAUACAACAAAAAGAAAGAUUUCAUGUGCACCGUUCAGCGAACUGGAAACGCAGACCCGUAUGACAAGGUCGUCCGUAUGGUGAAAUCCAGGGGCGUCGGAGGGGUGAAGGCCUAUUUUGCCGCCGAACUGCGAACUCGCGAUGAGUUGGUUGUCAAGAUCUCCGAACCUUUGGCAGAGCAGCCAUUUUAGACGGCUUUCGAAAUUUAUCAUCGGCGCAACUCUCCGUUUCUCAGUAAGAAUCGCCCUCUUCUCAAGGGGUAGCUGCCACUUACGAAUCUCACGAGCAGGAAUAAUUGUUCUUUAAUUCUACUUGAUACAAAAGAUAAUCACACUCGUCAUGCGAAAAUACCAAGACAUACAAGGGCGAGUAGAUAACACAAAAAAUAACUUGUACAUCAGCUCAAUAAUCGAAUACGCCGAAUUCUCCGAUAGUGACAGCGUCAACGAAGGUUAAGGGUGCGUGUAUAUUAGCAUGGAAGACUUGCGCGAACUCGAGCCUACUAGCUUAUUUAGUUAUUCUCCUUAAGGAUAACGCGUACGAUGUAUCGGGCCGCCAGUGGGGUACGCGGUGUCCGCAUGGUGGCGUCCGAGUCGU